CUAACUUUUCACCUCAUAGUCGUCCAGAAACUUACUUUGUCUUUCUGUACAGUAGUUGGGAAAGUGAAGCUUCUUGUGGAGUGGAGGUCCUUCCUUCUUAGUGUGUGCUACAUCUGUACCGGCUUUUUAGCUGUAGGAAUAUCCACUCUUUUCCUGAGAGGCAAAGCCUUCUUUCGCUGAGAAAAAACUCUCCACGCAUCACCAUGAGCCAGUUUGAUCUUGUUGUAUUUGGUGCAUCUGGCUAUACUGGCCAGUUUGUUGUUGAGGAACUUGCCAGGAGAGUGUCAGGCUCUCUAACAUGGGCUGUGGCUGGUCGAAACAGAGCAAAGCUCGAGGCAGUUCUUGCAGAAGCAAGCAAACAUGUCGGACGUGACGUGAGUGAAGAAGCCGGUGUGAUCGUGGCUGAUGUCAAAGACACAGCGUCCCUGGAGCAGAUGUGCUCCAUGUCCAAAGUUCUGCUGAGUUGCGUUGGACCGUAUCGCUUUUUCGGGCCACCAGUCGUCGAGGCCUGCAUUGCCAAUAAGUGUCACUAUGUAGACAUUUGUGGAGAGACUGAGAUCUUGGAAAGGAUAGAGGAGAAAUACCAUGCUCAGGCGGAGAAGGCUGGUGUGCACAUCAUCCAGACCUGUGGCUUUGACAGCAUUCCGGCCGAUCUGGGAAUGCUCUUCACCAUUCAGAACUUCCCGGGCGUCAUAACACAAGCUGAGAGCUUCCACGCCUUCAAGACCGGACCGUCGGGUAGUAGUGUCCACACUGGAACCUGGGAGUCUCUCAUUUACAGUCUGGCCAAUGACAGUGAACUGCGCAAGAAGAGAACACACAAGGCCGCUUUCCAAUGGCAGGGACCAAAGCUCAAGAAACGUGGAAAUGUAUUCAAGGCCAAGGAAACUGGUCAUUGGUGCAUUCCUUUCCUAGGAUCCGAUGUGGCUGUGGUCAGGCGAUCGCAGCGUGCUCGUCAAACGGCUGGCCAGCACCCGGUUCAGUACGGCUGCUACUUCAACCCAGGCAGCCUGAUGGCAUGUAUCAUGAUGUACAUCUGGGGACUGUUCAUCUAUUUGGUGACGCGCACCAUGUGGGGUGUCAGGUUUGCUGCCAGUCAUCCUGGCCUUCUCUCACUGGGUUUUUUCUCUGAGGAUGGAGCAAGCAGAAAACAGCUGUCUGAAGCAACGUUCAGCACUACGUUCUAUGCCAAAGGAUUUACUGACAAGUCACUUGUGUCCUCUGGUGGUAAGCCCAACGCAAGUGUCACCACCCGGAUCUCAGGACCUGAACCUGGCUACAUCGCCUGCUCCAUCAUGCUGGUACAGUGUGCUCUGUGCCUGCUGCGUGGAGACCUGCCGCACAGGGGAGGUGUGCUGACACCAGCCGUGGCUUUCACCGGUACCGAUGUCAUUCCGGAGAUCAACAAGGCGGGUGUCAAAUUCAGCGUGCUGGAGUCCUCAUAGACUGUGUACCUGCAGCGACGAUUCGCUUUUUUCUCAUCCUCUUCAUGCUCACUCAAUUCAACCACGAGACUUUGCCUCAGCUGCGCACUAUAACGGUUAGAAUGUACCUGAGACGAUCCGUAUUUUUUUCUCAUCCUCUCCAUGCUCAAUUCCACCACCAGACUUUCUCCUCAGCUGCACUAGCUCACACCAUUUUUGUCUACUCUUGCCUAGUUUAUUUUUUAAUGAAUAUGAGUUUCCUUCCUCUGCUUAUAUUCCAAGAAAAAAAUGUUGUAACAAGACAUAAUUUCAAGAGCCUUUGCCAUUUUUCUGAUUCUGGUGACACUCCAUGCAUGCCAGUGUUAUAUGAUUGUGAUUAUUGCAGAUGGUGUAUGAUUGCACUAGAUUGUGCUGCAGUAG